CAACAACAAAGUACGACCAGCUGGUCCAGUGCAUCCAAAACACCACUAAUGUGCCGAAGUUUGGAGGAAAAGCGUGGGCUUUUCUCCCCACCUUGACCCAUUUGCGGAUACACAGAAGACUUUCGAAAUUCCCAAAAGUCAUGUAUUGAGUGACCUGAUAAUGAGGAGCCCAGAAACGGACAGUGAACACUCGGAAUCGGAUUCCAGUGGAUCCUCGACGGACAGUCAGUCCAGUGGAUUGGGAGGGAUUCGCCACCAGCGACGGAGCACCUAUCGUUCGGAUGUAUUUAGUCUCAAGGCCAUGGCGCCUAGACCUAAUGCCGGACCAGGCGGUUGGCUAUGUCUACUUCUACCGUUGGCAUUUAGCAUCCGCCUGUUGCAUGCACCACCAAAAUGCGAGGAACAGUCCAAGAUGCAGUGGCUCCUCACUGUUUCCGCCGGCGGAAUGGCCUUGGAAACCCUCUGCUUCUUUAUCUACGCCUUUGUGAAGACUGGUAUAUUGGUCAAGUGUUUGGUGAGCCUGUUGCCAGGAGUGGCCAUCAGCUUGAGCUUAUAUGUGCUGGUGAACACAUCAGCCAUUUUUGCCGUAAUCGUGGGAUUUGCGAUGACCUCCGCAUAUCAGCAAAUCUAUAUUUACACAUUGAGAGGCUUCGCGAGGUCCUUUAGCUAUGGAGAAGCGUCGGUUUUCGUCCAGGGAUUGGUACUCUUCUCUAUAAGUGCCAUCUACAGACUGGGCGGUUUCUUCUGCGGCGAUUCGUGGCCAACUGAUGAAUUCGAGACCCUUAAUAUGAUCAUGGUGAACGCACUGUUUUGGCUGUUGGUUUUCUGUCUAGCUCUCGUGGUGUUUCCAUCGUUGAGGAAGCCGUACCGCUUCUACCUGUGGAUGCUGCAACUCUUGUUGGCCGUUACCUGUAUGCCGGUAACCCGACCUCUUCCUCUGCUGGCUCUCAUUCAGUUCCUACUCCGGGAUCGCGAUAGACUGAGCAUUUUGGUCUUUUACUUACUACUCGUUGUAUUAACCUGCGUUACUGUAGCCUGGCAAAUUGGUAGCUCCUCCAAGGCGAACACGCGAGUUAGGAAAAUAUUUCAUCUGCUUAUCGUGAUGGUCUAUGUCCCUGGAUUGGUCUUUGAGUGCGCCUUGCUGUACUUGGCCACUGGCGUUGCAUUAGCUGCUUUUGUGGUCCUGGAACUGCUGCGACUCCUUAAGAUUCCUCCAUUCGCUGACAGACUGGCUGAUGCAUUCCGCUCCUUCAAAGAUGAAAAAGACGCCGGUGAAUUGGCUUUGACACCGUUUUGUCUUCUCAUCGGUUGUUCAAUGCCCAUUUGGAUGACUCCAUGUCCCUGUUCUGGAAGUGAUACAUUGGCAUUGCUCUCGGGUAUUCUGGCAGUAGGCGUUGGAGAUACGGCAGCUAGUGUGGUUGGUUCGAAGCUGGGCCGCAACAAGUGGGGAAAAUCCUCCCGCUCUUUGGAGGGCACCAUUGCAUUUGUGGUGUCCAUCUUAAUAGCCGUCUGGCUACUGGAGAUUACAGGCUUAGUGGCCAUGACCCAAGCAAAAUGGUUUGCCACUAUUUUCGCGGCAUUGAAUUCAGCGUUGGUGGAGGCCUUUACUGACCAAGUGGACAACCUGGUGCUGCCCUUGAUAUUCUAUACCAUUGUGGGACUGGCCUAAUUAACCUACAUAUGGAUGUAAAUAAGUUAUAAAGAUCACAUUCCUCGGUUUAUUUAUGUGCAAAAUUCCUUAGGAAAUUAAGUGUAGAGAUAGAUUUGGUUCCAUAUCAAUCAAUCAAAAUGUUAAAUAAAAAGAGUUUAUAAAACUCAA